AUAGAAGCAUUUAAAUUUAUAAACGAAAAUAUCAUCGUGCAAAAGAAAAAACGAAAAGAAAAUUCUUGAAACAAAGAAGAACGAAAGUAAUAGACGUGACAAUUUCACGUUAAAAGUGAAUUUCAAUUGAAAAUCGAUCAAAUUAAAAGUAAUUUUUAAGAAAAGAAAAAAAGUACACAAUGGCUACAAUUAACGAACAGAAGCCAGCCAAUGUUGAGGUGGUCAUUGACAAAAAAGCACAAAAGGCAGGAGAAAAAAUGUUGCGCGCUCAAAGGGAACAAGAAAUUUACAAUAAUUUUGCCACACCUCUAGUGGGCACCUUUUUGAAUUUAACCCAAGAACCGGCUUUAAUUAAAUGUCCCAGUUGUGGCAUAGAGGAAAUGAGUGAAGUAGUCGAUGAAUUGAAAUGGUGGGCCACAGAAAUUAAUCGCUUUCUCGGAUGUUUGUUUGUAACCUUGUGUUGUUGUUGCUGUUUGGACUAUAACCUGCCCUGUAAAUCCAGUGAUCGUAAUCAUUAUUGCAAAAAUUGUGGCUGCUAUUUUGGGCGAGCCAUGCGAAUUCCUCCCCUAAACAAAGUCAAAAUGCGUAAGCAGUGAUAGAAUACAUGAAACAGAUGAUGCUAAUGCGGGCGUUGAAAACUAUAUAGUGUUCAUACAGUUUUGGUUUAAAAUGUAUCUAUAAAAUUUAUUUAAUUUUUUUUCUUCGGUUCAUCUGCUUAUAAUUAGCUUAUAUAUGGUGGCAUUUACUGUGCUAAAGAAAUGUUUAGAUUGAUCUAUAAAUGAUCGCACACACAACAAAAUAACAUCAAGUGUUUUCAAACAAAAUAACAUUUUAAAUUGUUUUUAUUUUUAAUAUAUACAAUAUAAAAAAAUGUAUAUAAAACAUAAAUAAAAUAAAUAAUAUAUUUAAAA